GAAGAGUUGUGUGACACGGGGGAAGGGGUAUACAUGAGGCAGUAUCAAAGGUAGGCUCAUCUUAACACAUUGAAGUUGGCAACUAUGCUUUGUUGUCUAUGAUAUUGAAGGAUCGAGUGUCAAGGGGGGUAUGAAUCACGAUGAGGCAGAAAGCCGACCCACAGGAAACCUCUCAUUUCCUACGCGUUUCAACAAGGGCAGACUAUGAUGUGCGAAGCAGCCUUGCAAAAAGGGGGCUCGAUGCUCACUUAGCGAAGGAAAAACAACUUUAAUCAAAUCAUUGGGGUAACUGUCAAAAGGGGAGUAUCGUGUGGGGCAUUAUAACAUAACUGUACCUGGGAAGUAGCACCUCAUGAGACGAGAUUCUUAGAGACGAGACAAUGUUGUUUUGGUGUCUUACGUCGUAGAAUUCGGACAGUUUUUGUUUGCUGGAUGCUGUGUCAAUUGUUACCAGUGCGGGGGUCAGAGACGCGGUUUAUGGAAGCUUCCUAUGCGUUGUGUAUUUGAGACGAAAUGAGUCAGCGUUGAACUGCCAACAGCUGCCCCCUCUCGCAACAGUGAAGUAAAACCUGGCUGUAACACGUAAACUCCCCCUGCGCCCUGAAACAGCGACACAAGACAAGAAAUGUGUGACUAAAGCCAGGGGAAACAAAUAAAAGUUUCGGGGGAAGCCAUGUUUAUUUUUGCCGUCUCAUGACGGCAAAGAGGCGCAGCUAGUAUUCCUCUCUCACAUAAACUUGGAAUCUAAUACUUUGGAUUUAACUUCUGGGAGGAAAUCUUAUUGCUUUCUCGGGGUAGAGAUGAGCGGAAAAACUCUUCUCCAAUCGACGCACUCGCCGGUACACGACCAGCUGACGCGAGAGGUGCGCACAUUCAGCAAUGCAGUGCGAUGGCACAAGUUGGCAAGGAACUCAAGUCGAAUGGGAUUUGGCUCUGAACUACAAAGUAAGACGGCCCACGAUGCAAUCCUCAGACUCAAUGAUCAAGAACUACGUCUCAUGGACACACUGAAGCGAGUUGUAUCACAUCGGAUGAGAGCAGACAAGGAUUAUGCAACUGCUCUGCAAGGAAUCGGUAACCUAGCAACCAAGUUUGACACCGAUGCCCAGUUAUCUCACAACAACAGCCCUCUCCUCAAGGCAUGGAAUCACUUGAUUGAGGAAACCGACAGAAUAUGCAAGUUGGUUCGGAGUAACGCUGACGAGGUUCAGAACAUCGUAGAGAAGCUUGCGUUGCUCAUCAAAGAUAAACACGACUCAAAACGGCAGUACACGCAGGAACGAACCAGGAUAGACUCUGAGUUUAUGAAGGCAAGGAGAGAAGUGGAUGAAAACCUAAGUACUUACAAGAAGUCAGCGAGGGAAGCCAGAGAGAGUAAAUCCAAGUAUGAAGAACAACUCCAGAAAGGUAAUAAAGUUAAAGACAUUGAUAGAUCCAAGGAGAAAUACAAGAAGUGUGUGAUCAAACUCCACAAGGCACACAAUGACUAUGUCUUGUCGUUACGGGCAGCAGGGUUACAUCAAGAACACUAUCGUAACAACAUCCUUCCAAGGCUGCUCGAAUGUUUACAGCAGACGCAGGAAAGCCAAGUCGCUCAGAUUAAGCAAGUGAUGGUGGAGCAUUGCAACCUGAUAAACUCAGCAUCUGGGAAGUUUCUUUCACACUACAACAGCAUCAUGCAGAACAUGGUGGAGAUUAGACCAGAGAAAGAAUACAGUAGCUUCGUGGAAAAUUACAGAAUGGAACCCCCUGCCAUGGAGACAUUCACCUUCGACCUCUCACCUUCAGAAGACUUCCCUGAUGGCCUCAAAGAAAACACUAUAGUACUUGACACCCUCACCAUUGAAGCCAUUCAACAUUCGCACUCGUCGUUAGAUGAGCAGCUGAAGAACACUAGAGACAGACUGACGGCAAAGAAACAGGAACUCAAGAACCUUGAUGAGGAGAUACGCACUAUCCCACCAUCACCUAAAGAAGAGGGUGCUAUCCUAGAUCUGUUAUCCAAACAGAAGCAGUACCGGGAUGCGAGUCGAGAGAUCCAGGAGCUGCGAUGUCAAGAAGCCAAGCUUUCUACUCAGUACUCAAUGCUUGAUGUUAAGCUGAGUGAGAUGGGGGACGAGGACAACCUACCGCUCGGCAUCAUCUUCCCAGAAGGAGGAGGUACCGGAACUCUCUCCACUAGAACCAUACAGAGCCCUAACCUAAACUCAAGCACAGACUCGACGACAGAACAGAAAAGUAAGAGAUCGAACAUGGCUAAUAAGAUGACUAAGAUCUUCAAAGUGAGAGCCGGACAUGACAGCUCACAUGAGCGGGAACCAUGGUUGUGGUACAGAAGACAGACUAAUCAGUCCAUGAUGGCUGUGAGUGUGAAGCCAAGCAAUAACCAACCUACAGAGCUUCGUCUUGAGGAGGAAGAGUUCUACCAUGGGGCAUUGCCGAGGAAAGAGACGGAAGCCUUGCUGGUCAAUGAUGGGGACUUUGUUGUGAGAGAGAAGAGCGAUGCCUGGGGGCGCUAUGUCCUAUCGGCCAAGCAUGCUAGCAAAGUCCGACACUUCCCUAUCCAGAUAAAUGAUGAGAAUAUGUAUCGAUUAGAAGGUGAUGCUUUCCAGACCGUGGGAGAACUGAUCCGUUUCCAGCUGAACAGCAGACAGCCCGUAACCAAGGCAUCACAAGCCAUCCUACUCAAGCCAGUGUGUCGGGUCAGAAACGAACAUGAUCUCAGACAUGAGGAGAUAGAUCUCGAGGAGAAGUUGGGGGCAGGUCAUUUUGGUGACGUCCAUCGAGGUAGGAUAAAGAGGACGCAGCUUGCAGUGGCAGUCAAAACAUGCAAGGAGACGGUUGAUGCGGCAACCAGGAGAAAGUUCCUCCAAGAGGCUAACAUCCUUAAACAGUACGACCACGCCAACAUCGUGAAGCUUAUUGGAGUCUGUACUGAUAAGCAUCCCAUCUAUAUUGUCAUGGAGCUUGUUCCUGGUGGUGAUCUGCUGUCCUUCCUGAGGACGGAUCAGAAUGAAUUGUCCACCAAGCAGAGAGUCAAGAUGGGUGAGGAUGCUGCCUCUGGAAUGGCUUACCUCGAAUCCAAGCAAUGUAUACACAGAGAUUUAGCCGCACGAAACUGCCUGGUUGGAAACAAGAACGUGAUCAAGAUUAGUGACUUUGGUAUGUCGAGAGAAGAUGAUGUCUACACGAUACGUGAGGGCGCCAUGAGGCAGAUUCCUAUCAAGUGGACUGCCCCGGAGGCUAUGAACUUUGGUAAAUACACAUCAAUGUCUGACGUAUGGAGCUUUGGUAUACUACUAUGGGAGAUCUUCUCCAACGGCAGUACGCCUUACCCCGGCAUGACAAACAAUGAAGCAAGGGAGAAAGUACAGCAAGGUUACCGGAUGCCUCCUCCUGAGAUCACCCCUGAGGAGGUGAGGAUACUGAUGGAUAAUUGUUGGAAGAUGGUGGAUGAAGACAGGCCAAGGUUCAAAGAUGCUCAGACAACUCUCAAGAGGGCUUAUAAAACAGUGCGGUAAUGAUAUGCUAUGGGGGCUUCUAACAGAUGUCCUCUCAGUCAGGGGCGUAUCCAUGGUUUUGUUUUAAAAGGGGGCUUAAUUUCGGCAAAUUACACGGCUGAAGGGGCAACUGUUUUCUGAAAUGUACUCGGAUACUGGAAUCAUGAUUGUGAAAUCAUCAAAGAUUAUAAGGUUAUUGAUCUAAGUGCUGUAAGAUUUAUUUAUCAUUUUGGUCAGCAAUGGGGGCCGGGGGCAGAUCCAGAAAUGAAGGGGGGGGUUCCCAAAAAAUGUAAUUAUUCAGGUGGCAAAUGCUUUUUGUUCUCUGAAGAAAAAAAAGGGAGAGAGCCUGGACCAGUUCUACCCCCCCCCCCCCCCCCCCCAUAUAAACAAAAAAAUACAAAAAUAAACAAAAAAUCUGGAAUGGCUCUCAGGAUUUUUUUUUCUUUUCUUCAAAUGGACAUCAUGGAUUUUUGACCAAACAGGACCCAGUAUCAUCAACCUUAUAACUAGAUCCUUGUCAUGGUAUUCCAGGAGCUUCAUCAUCUGCUGAAAGGAAGAAGGACAUUAACUCUUACCCUUCCACAUGGAGUAAAUGCCCUUCUGGUUCUCAACAGAAAAUGUUUCCCUUCCUUUUUAUUUCUAUUGUUUCAUGUGAUCUCAGUCUGAGGGUAUGUUGCUAUGCAGCUUAUUUAAAUCUCUGCGGUAGUGUUUGGAAUGUGCAUCACACUUUUAACCCGUAUGAAAGGGAUAACGUUGGAUUUGCCCUCCAAUAUCCUUCUGUGUCACUAAAAUAAAAAUUGAAUGCAUCGGAUUGUACCUAGCAAUAUAUAUGAGAAAGCAAACAAUCAUAAUAGACCAAUGAAAUUGCCCUCUAAUAAGAAUAUUAUUUGAUGGUAUUAUGAUGAUUGUAAUUAGUUUACCAUCAUAUGACUAAUUAACUUGAUUAUGAAUUUAAACUCAUAAAUGUUAUACGAUUAGGAUGUAUGGAUAUAUUCUUUUUAUACUUUGCAGAAAUAUGUCAGUUUGACCACACACAACUCUAUUGCCAUCGAAUAACUCAUGUUAUUAAUAAUUUAUCACAUUUUAUUUCUGAAUACCAACUAAAUUGUUCAUUAAAUUAUCUUCACAAAAUCUCAAGUAGAGAUGAAUUAAGAUGAAUUGAGGGAGAAACGUGGUCACAUUAAAAACUACUCUUGAACAAAACCAACUUAUUUGCUAUCAUAUUGUUGUUUGAAAAUAGAGGCAAUUAUACAGCGGUACCUUUUAUCCAUUAAAAAUUGAUUGCUUAUGUGGGUUUUUUGUCAAGUUUUGAUUAACGGCACUUUGCAGAGAUGUACAUGUUUGUGAAAAUCAUUUACUUCAUGUCUUCCUGCAAGAACAAUCCUGUACAAAUCCAGGAAUAUAUGUAAAGAAAUUAUGCAAUAUUUGUAAUUCUUUUUUUUUACAAUUGAUCUGUGAAUAUAUGUUUUAUUGUGGUCAUAAAUUUGUAAAUGAAGAAAGUGUGACAUUAUACAAUUCACAUACCAGUAAGACAAAGUGAGUUCUGCUUGAUACUCUGAAAAAUGUCAUGGAUUGAUUUUUUUCAAGUAAAGUGUGUUUUAAUAAUGAUGUAAAUAAAAAUUGGUUGUGCGACACAUGCUCUGGCAACCAUAUCUCCUCGGUCAGUAUCCUACACUAAAAUGAAUGUCUAACUUCAACCAUGGACCAAACACUCUGCCUGACCCUUCAUUGUAAUCAUAACACCAAAGCUAACCUUAAACCUACAUCUUUGGUGACAUAAAACCCGGAGCAGUUUUUACAAGAGCAUAUGUCUGAGCACAUGCAAUUCAAACUUUCCCUGCAGCUUUGUUAAACUGGCAUUGAAGGCUCACAGCACUUGUCAAACAUGGAGAUUGGUAUAUAUCUUUACCAUGAAACAUCUAUUAUUUAAAAGAAAAGUAUUUCCGCCGACACUCCUCCGUUUGUAGAUCUCUCAUUGUAGUCGGGUUAUCUGGCAAUUGGUGAUCUAUGCAAAUGGUUAUAGUCAUAUUACUCAAAGACUGGUUAGCUAGUGUUGGAGACGGUUGUAAACACUUUACUCUAAGCAUUAUGGUUUUGACAACAUAAACAAACAAAAAGCGUAUAGUAGAAUAUUAGAAUGUUAAACAAUAGUGUUGUGUAUGAAGCACUGGAGAUACCAUGGGACAGUCAAUUACUGGGUAAUAUUGCUUGGUUUGACAGUUUAUUAUUUUCUUUUCUUCAUUAGGACUUCCAUUUUAUCUAAGCUUUAAAGUGCCUUAUUUUUCUUACAUAGAAUAGAUGGUUUCUUAUAAUAAAACAUUAUUUCAGCAGUGCAUUAGAAUUUGUCUUUCCAUUUCUCUUGAUCAACUCAGUAGAAUUAUCUGCUUCUUCGUUUCAAGAAUAAUUUGUAAGUGUCUUUGGUUUGUACCAUGCCUUUCACACAGCAGACCACAAGAGGUCUCUGUGAAUACAAACUGGUGAUGGUUUCAUUAUGCUUGUAUAUAAGACAUAAAUUGUAUGUAUGUACUAAAUUGCUAUUUAUAACAUUUCUUACCAUUUCUUACACAUUUAGAAAUGAUGAGUAAAGUUGUACAAUUUUCUUUGUAUUGUGUACAUGUAACAAACAAUAAUGUAUGUAAUGGAAUGUAGAAAUUUAUAUAUUUUCAACUGUACAUAAAUCAUAGAUCCUGUAUAGUUUAGUUUUGGUAGAAAUAGCAUUUAUUUCCAUCUUUUCCCUAAUUUUUUUUUUCCAACAUUGAUUUAAAUCAGCAAAUUUAAUAGUAAAAAUAAACAAAUAAAAUAAUUUAAACAUCUAUUAUUUGAGGAAAUAUAUGACGGAAAAACAUACAGUAUUUGUUACGAGGCUUUUACCAGCAUAUGAAUAGUUACAUAUUUAGAGAGAGAAAGACUCAACACGAAACAAUGGUAAUAAUUUUUGGCCCAUAUAAAUAUCAGCAAAAAGAGAUAUGUUGUCUACAUAUUUUACAUGUUCGUGCAGAACAACAUUAUAUUUUUCAUGAAAAAUCAAAUACUGUUCCAUUUUUUACAACAUAUUGCAGAUGACUGAGUAUACUUCCAAUGAAGAACCAUUUGAUUAUUCCUAAAUUCCAAUUGAAAGUUAUAUUUUUGCCAUUACUCAGAAUAUGGAGCCUGUUUUCUUAUGUUUCUGAUUUCUUUUUAGUUUUUGUCACAUGGAGUCAAUAUGUAUGUAUAUAUUUGGUGCUUAUGAAAUUCAAGUUACAAGGAAUUUAAAUCUGUCUUCCAUGAAUAGAGAUUUCAAUUAUCUUUCAUGGAUAAAAUAAUUAAUUCCUUUGCCUUCCACUUUUCCUUAUACAUAUAUCAUUCUCAAAAGUUAUGAUUACAGUCAUCUCUGUCAAUUAUGCAUUUACAAUUUCCGUACAGGAUAUACAUAUACAUGACGUACAUCAUGUAGAUUUAUCUAUAUGAACUGAGAGCAUUUGCAAUCGAAAGCAAAUUCUCAUAUUAAUGUAAUUAUUAACUUCAAGUUUUCAGUCUUGGGAGGUAUUGAAUGUACUUCUUUUUCUGAUGCUCCCAGACGUAAGUUAAUAACAAAUUUUAUGUCGAUAUUAAAAUUUGGAUAUGGUGCUUAACUCCUUGUAUAUAUUUAUGUCAAUAUCUCCCUUCUUUCCUUCUGUAUUUAGCUGUCCAAGACCCGUCUUCUUUAUGAAAUUGCUCUCAAAAAAUGGUAUUGUUUGUUUUAGGUGAUUUUAAAGAUAGACUGAAGCCUCCAGGAGAUUGCAAAAAGUAUGAGAAUACACUGAACAUUGAAACAUGAUUGAAUUCUGUCUUGGGAUUUUUUUUUCAAUGGUUAAAAAAGAAGUACAACAUUUGUGUUGAAAUAUUCUGAUGAUUUCAAGAAAAAGGAAUGACAGGAUCAUGACAUGAUGAUCAUGCUAAUUUGAUUACCAAAAAACAGUAAUGUCAAUAUUCUUUUUUCUUUGCACUUUCCUCAGAGAAGUCUUGAUAUUUAUGCAUUGAAAUUGUUCUUAUUAGAGAAGUAUGGGUGCAUUACAGGGGCUUAAUUUAAUUAUAUGAAUUAUCCUUGUUUUAAAUAUUGUUUGUAUAUUGAAUCUAACUUAUUGCUUCACUCUUUCAUUUCUUCUAGCAAUAUGAUCUUUUAACAUAUUUUUAGACUUUAUUGCGUAAAAAUAUCUAGGUUUUCAUUUUUAUAGAUUUUAAAUAGGACAUGAAAGGAUAUAAGAAAAUCAUUUGAAUUGAAUAAUUUGAUAUCCUAAUAAAAUGAUUUCAUACCAUGACUUCAAUAAAUUUGUAUCAUUUGCCUUUCAGACCAAAAUGCUCUAGAAGUUUUGUAUUUUUAUUGAUUUUAUUGAGAUUAUAGCUCAUUUCUAGGUGGCAUAUAUUUUCCUUAAAAGUUUGUGCUUUGAGAAAUCUAACGAAUCAAAAUUGUCCAAGAAUUCAUUAAGUCCAUAAAUGAUAGAUCCUGAUUCGACGAUAUGCUGUAUUGUUCAAUAAAUCGCAUUAACAUAUGUAUGAUUCACUCAUUAACACAUACCCAAGGAUACAAAGCCUGUCUGUGUAAUAUAUAACAUGAUAUGAUAGCAUGAAUGAUCAGGACCCUGUUGCAUACAAAAUACUACUGAUCAUAACUUUGCCAUCAGUAUUUACUACCAUGGCAACAUCACUCAACAUCCAAUCAAAUCAAGAUUUCCAUGUUACAAAGUUACAAUCAGUGCUAAGUUUUAUGCAACCGAGCUUUGAUCAAAACCACCUUCUCAAAAGGGGCAACCGAUUCAGUGAAAAAUGUACUUCUUUUUCUGGCUCAGAUGUAUAUGAGCAAACUUAAGAUGUAUCUUUCAUGUCAAUAAUGGAUGGUAAAUAAUUAUGCCAAAAAUUGAAGAAGUGAUGAUUGAUUGACUAGUUGAGAUUUUCAUGUUCAAUUUGUAGUGAUAAGUAUAGUCUUUCAAUCUGAUCAAUCACAACUCUUUCGUAUGAUUAACAAUAUGCCUUAUUUUAGUUGUGAUAAUGUGGGAAAAUUUCAUUUUGAUUUUUGUCUGUGUAAGGUAUACUUAACGCAAUGUGCUGCAUCAAAAUCAUUUAAUUGAUUUAUAGAGACAAAUAGAAUACUUAUAUAUGUUGCCUUAUGAAUUUUAUAAUUAUAAAUCAUCAUAUACAAUAUUAAUUUUAUGAACCUGCUGUAUAUAAAUCAUGUGCUCGAAUAAGCUUUGUAAGAUUAUCAUAGAUUUUAAAUUUUGAUUGUAUCAAAUUGUAAUAAACUGUAAUAAGCCAAUUAGCAUAUUGGCCACAAAAUGUUGUAACCAUAUUGUUAUUUUAAUUCCCUCUGUAGAUGAUGAAAUUUCAUUCCAAAUGAAUAAAUGGCAUAUAUAUAUAAAACUGGAA